AUGCCUAGGGUUAGAUCAAAAUCAACUGUACUGCAAAUUGCUAAUGAUGUACCUAUAAUAUCUGAAUCAACUACAAACUUCAAACAUUCACCAACUACUUUUAAAAAAUCAAGAUCAAGAUCUUUAUCAUCUUAUAAACCAUCAAUCAAACCACCAAUAGAUCUUACAACACCAUUUAAUGAAGAAGAAAAAGAUCGACUAUGGACAAAUUAUAUCAAUUCUUUUAAUUACGAUUUAGUUUUAAAACCACAAGAUAUUCAUACAAUCAAUAAUAAACAUUUACAAAAUGUUAUAAAUUUUCAAGAUAAUUUACAUAUAAAUCAAAAUCAAUUACAAAAUUUUAUAAAUCAAACUGAUAACUUAAUUAUUGAUAUGAAUGAAUUAUUUAAUAGAUAUAAAAAGAUAACCAAUGAAACAUUAGAUUUUGAUAAAUCAGCAAAUGAAUUACUAAAAAAGCAAGAUAAUUAUCAACAAAAAUAUGAUGAAAUUUAUUCAAAUUUAAAACAUUUUGAAAAUUUAGAUUUAAUUACAAAAAAUUUAUUAAAAUCUGGUUCACACUUGCUAAAUCAAAAAAGAACAUUUUUUAAAAAUGAUAUCCUAAAAAGUUUAGAUGAAAGUUUAGAGUUUGUUGACAAACAUCCAAAUUAUAAAGAUUGUGAAUUAUAUAAAAGUAGAUUUCAACAAUGUAUGAUAAGAUCAUUAACAUUAAUUAGAAAUUUCCUAAAUAAUGAACUACGAGGGAUUAAUGAUUCAAUUUAUAAAAAAUCAAAGUCAUUAGAAUUAGAUUUAUUAAUUUAUAAUGAAUUUAAUAAUUAUUUAAAAUAUAAUGGUGAUCAAUUUCAUGAAUUAAUGUAUGAAUUAAAAUCACGUAGUAAUAAGGAUGAAUAUUUUGGAUUAUUUAAUGAUGUUUUAUCAAAUUAUUUAAAUAUUAGAAAAAAAUUAUUAAAUCAAUAUAUUAAUAAGUAUUCAUCAAAAGAGCAUUCUGAUAAUUCACUUGUUCAAUCAUGUCAAGAUCAAAUAUCUUAUUAUAAAAAUUUAAUUGAAAAAGAAUUUUCAUUAUUUAAAUCAUUUUUUCAACCAAAUAAUAAUGAUGAAAUAAAUGAUUUGUUAAGUGAUACAUUUUAUAAUUUCUUAAAAGGAGUAUUAGAACCAUUAUAUGAUGAUAUAAGACUUUUAAUAUUAAAAGAAUCAAAUAUAAGUUCAUUAUGUCAAUUUACAACAUUAUUACAAAAAUAUUAUGAAUUUGAAGAUAAUGAAGGUUCCCUAAGUAAUCAAAAUUAUUUUUCAAAUGAUGAAUCAAUAAAAUAUGGAUAUUUAUUUCAACCAAUAUUAGAUGAUUGUCAAAAUAGAUUAAUUUUUAAAAUUCAAAAUUACAUCGAUAAUCAAUUAAUUAAAUAUAAACCAAAAACAAUUGAUUUAAAAAUUGGAUUUAAAAAGCAAACAAAUAAUAAACAUUCUUUGGAUGUGGAUUAUGAAGAUAAUUUAUUUCCAGAAAUUUAUUUACCAUUAGCUAAAGCAUUAACUAUAUUAUCAAAUAUUUAUGAAUUAGUUAAUGGGUAUGUAUUUGAUGAUAUUGCUCAUUAUAUAGUUCACGCAAGUAUUGAAAUGUUAAGAGGAGAAUAUCUUAAAUUAGCAAUAAAUCAAUUAGGUAUAAUAGAAGGUAAAAUUUUAUAUCUUAAAAAUCUUAUAAUAUUAAGAGAUCAAAUUAAAAAUUUUGAUAUUCAAUUUAUAAGAAAUGAUUUUACAAUUGAUUUUAAAAGUGGAUUUAUAAAUAUUUGGAAUUUUAUAAAAUUUCAAAAUUCAAAUGGUAUUAUUGAAGUUGUAAAACAAUCAAUACCAAAAGUUAUAAAUAAUAUGAUUGAUGCAAAUAUGGAAAUUGAAAUGGAAUUAAAUAAUUCAGUUACAGAAUUUUUAACAAUUUGUUCAAAUGAAAUUUGUAAACCUAUUUUAGGUGAAAAAUUAAAUAAUGAUAAUUUAAAUAAAUUUAAAGAUAAUUUAAUUAUCAAGAUCCCCAAUUAUUAUAAACAAAUUAUAAAUAUUAUAAAUGAUCAAAUUAUUACAAAAUUUUUAAUGAAUAAUUUAUCACAAUUAAUUUUAAUAACUUAUGAAGAAUUUUUUAAUUCAAUAACCACCGAACAAUCACCACAAUUUGAAGACUUAUUAGAAAUUGAUGCACUCUCUGGAUUUGUAAAUGAUAUAAUAAAUCAUUUAUAUGAAGAAGAAGAAUUAAAAAAUGAACAAUCUGAAAUAACAUUUAAUGAAAAUAUUUUAAAUACUUUUGAUUUAAAUUUAGAUGAAAAUGAUAUUGAAGAUUCUAAAAAUUCAUUACAUUUAAAUAUUGAUACAAAUUUAUCAAUUGAUCCAACUGAUAUAGAUUCAAAUACAUAA